AUGAGCAAUCCAGGGGCGAUUCUCGCAUCGACAGUGACUUCAAUCGCGGCCCUUGGGUUCGUCCCAGUAGCAAUCCACUUCAAUUUCUUCCCCUUGCUCAAUCGGAUUGGGCCCAUUGCAACGGCCGAGGAAUUGACCAAAGCAUCCGAUGCUGAAAGGAGCGAUGAAGACAAACGCUCUUCCCCGCUAUGUACGAUAUCGGCCUGCAAAGGCGAACACUCGCUGACAAAGAUCCCAGAGGACACGAUGUUCGCCAUGGCUGGCCUGGGCCUGGUCGACCUCGCCGACGACACAACAUACCAGGUAAACCCCAUUACCGCACACAUGGCCAUUGUGCCAUCGUCUCUCCACGGCAUGUUACACUUCACCACAGAGCCACUGUGGGCGGCAGCUUUCUUGAUGCGACAACUUCGAGACACCAAUUUCGAGUACCCGUUCCAGGAGAACAAGACACCCACGCAGUACGGGUAUAAACUGAUUGGCGAGGAGAGAUUCGUCAACGAGCACACAUACUCGAUCAUGAACAUGCAGGGACGCAUGCCGAGUUUCUCGGCCUUUAUGGAGGGCAAGUUUGGGCGCUUUGGCACCAUGCCCUUCCGCGUGCAGUCGUUUGGGUACGAUCUGGGCUCUAUACUCAGAAGCGAGGCCAACAGCAUCGCCAUGGUCGACAUCGGAGGCGGACGCGGAGAGAUGCUGCUGGAAGUCAAGGCAGCGUACCCGCAUCUGAAGAAGGAGAAUCUCGUUCUCCAGGAAUUCAACCCAGACCAGACUCACGCGGACGAGCUGACGAUUCAACACUGGGACUUCAAGGACGAAUCUGCCCAGCCCGUCAAAGGCGCCCUGGUGUAUAGCUUGACGCACAUCUACCACAAUCUGUCAGACCUCGAGGCAUUGCGCCUGAUGAAGAAGGUGUCAGAUGCCAUGGCGCCAUACUCGCGCAUGUUGAUCCACGAGUUUGCAAAAAAUGCCACGUAUGGAAAGAUGCACGCCACCAUGAUUCAACUGUACGCGGGGCGGAUCAGGAGCAGUCGUGAGUGGAAGCAGAUGGCGGCUCUGGCGGGCCUAGAAGUCACUUUCGAGACAUAUCCUGUCGCCGGGGAGGGUCUUGUUGAGAUGAGAAAGCUGGGAUCGUCUGAAGUGACAACGUAA